GUUGGUUUCGCCCCGCGCGGACCAUAGCGACGGAGGGCGCGCCGAAGGAAGAUGGCGGUGGCGGCUCCACCGUUACUGCCGGUUUCGUGAGCGCGGCGCUCGCUCUUCUCUCUGUCCCGUCCUCGCUCCUGCACCCGGCUCCUCCCGGCUGCUCUCAGCCUCUUCUUUCUCGCCGGGGCCGUAGAGAUCAUGUCGGACUCGGAGGAGGAGGAGAGUCCGGACCGCCAGCUCAAGCUGGUGGUGCUGGGGGACGGCACCACUGGCAAGACAUCCUUAGCUACCCGUUUUGCUCAAGAAACAUUUGGAAAACAGUACAAACAAACCUUAGGACUGGACUUCUUCUUGAAAAGGAUAUUAUUGCCAGGAAAUCUCAAUGUUACUCUUCAAGUGUGGGAUGUAGGAGGACAAACAAUAGGAGGCAAGAUGCUGGAUAAAUAUAUUUAUGGAGCUCAGGGCAUUCUCUUGGUUUAUGAUAUUACCAAUGGCCAGAGUUUUGAAAAUUUGGAAGACUGGUAUAAUGUGGUAAAAAAAGUGAAUGAAGGAUCAGAAACACAGCCACUUGUGGCCUUGGUUGGAAAUAAAAUUGACUUGGAGCAUAUUCGCACAGUGAAAGCUGACAAGCACCAGCGAUUUUGUCAGGAAAACAACUUCAGUAGCCAUUUUGUGUCAGCCAAGACAGGAGAUUCUGUCUUCCUGUGUUUUCAGAGAAUUGCUGCUGACAUACUCGGCAUCAAAUUAAACAAAGCAGAAUUGGAACAAUCACAGAGAGUGGUGAAGGCAGAUAUUGUCAACUACAGUCAGGAGCCUGUGACAAGAACCGUCAAUCCUUCCAGAAGCUCAAUGUGUGCAGUUCAGUGACCACCCUGUUCUUCUGUGGCUCGAUACCUUUGCAGUGCUCCUGCCUUCAUGCAGGCUCUGGGAUACCAGGAACUUUGUUUUGACAGGGACCAGCACAACAAUGCCGUUAGAGGUUUCAGAAACAUCUUCACCAUUGUCCAUUACAAAGCAGCAGGCAGUUUUUUGACUGGCUCAAAUUCAAACAUGAGACCACACACUUGAAAAAUUUCAGUCUAUGUUCUUUAAAAUUAUAUUUAAAUGAAACUGUAUAACUGUGUUUUAUGUUUCCUCCUCUCUAUUUGACUGAUACCAGAAUAAAAAUAGAUGAGGAAGCCCUGCACUCAAAAUGCUUUUAAAGACAUCAGCCUGGAAGGGUAUUUUGCCAAAGCAUUUUAAAUUUUUUUUUCCCCAGUUAUUUGAAGUAACACUCAACAAAAUGUUGCUUGGAAAAGCUGUUGUUGGAAUAAUUUUAAACACAUAAUAUAUAUUUUAUCUAGGGAUAAUUUUGAAAUUGUUCAAUUAAUAUAUAUACACUUAGCACAAAAUGUGUAAGUUGUAUCCAGUGAGAAACAGUGCUUGAAAUAAAGCUGUUAUUAUAAAAAUAGUUACUUCUCUGAAGUCUCAAAUUGUCUCCAUGGAUGCUCUGAAAAAUGCUAGUGUUUUUGUGUAUUUUUAUUACCACAUCAGCAUUACUCCUUGCACUAAUAGAUAGGCUUAAAUGUCAUUAUGAUUAGGGAUGAAUCUCAGUCAGCAGUUUGGUCUGUAAAUGAUGAGUGGUAUAUUCAACAUGCAUUAGAAACUGUUGAUAAAUCAAUUAGCAUCAGUCACUUUAAAUAACUAACAGAAUGAAUUUUGGCCUGGUACUCUUAGAAACUGUUGAUAAAUCAAUUAGCAUCAGUCACUUUAAAUAACUAACAGAAUGAAUUUUGGCCUGGUACUCUUUUCUUUCUAAUUUAGAAUGAAUGACAAAUAAAAAGCUGUGUGCUCUGUAAUCUUCA